UAGGGCUCUGGAGCACACCCCGCCUGCACUUGGGAGGGGUUUUCCAACUAGGCAUGCUCUUAUUUCUCUUCACAUCCUCAGAUCUGCCUUCUGAGACUUUGCCCUUCUUCAGAGAGAGCAUUCAGGAGAUCAGGAAAAUGGCCACGGGGCUCCUGAAAGCCAAAAAAGAGGCAUUCGUGGCGUUCGGGGAUGUGGCUGUGGACUUCACCCAGGAGGAAUGGAGGUUGUUGAGCCCUGCUCAGAGGACCUUGCACAGGGAGGUGAUGCUGGAGACUUAUAACCACUUGGUCUCACUAGAAAUUCCAUUUUCCAAACCCAAACUCAUUUCUCAGCUGGAGCGAGGGGAAGAGCCCUGGAUAGAGGAGAGACAACGUCCACUGGGUCUCUGUCCAGGAUCAAAGCUAGAAAUUCAACCUUGUCCCUCCUGUCCUCUGGCAUUCUCUAGUCAGCAAGCCCUCAGCCAACAUGUGUGGCUCAGUCAUCUCCCUCAGUUUUUCUCAAGUUUAUGUGCAGGAAAUCAUCUCCAUUCAGGGAAACAAUAUUCAGAAGAUCAGAAACAGCAGCAGGAGCAACUCUUUGAUCAAACCUGCUCAAGCAACAAAGCAGAAAUUCAAGAGAGAGAAGAAUAUUCCAAGCUUUUGUUUGGGAGAGUAAGUAAAAUCAGCACUUCAAAGGCAUUCUCCAGAACCCUGGAAGAACAGCCAGUAAGGUCCAAGGAAGACAACACAGUGGUGGACAUAGGGCCCAGCCCUGGCCAGAGGACAAACCUUAAGGAAACAGACAAAAUAUUACAUGGUUUAGAAGUCUCAGGAUUUGGAGCAAUCGAAUAUGGAGAGUUUGGGCUAGGCUUUAUCAAGGAGUCAAACCAGCUCAGCCUCCAGAAGACACACACAGGGGAGUCCCCUUACAUGUACGCUGAAUGGGGACAAAGCUUUAGCAGUAUGUCAGUCCUCAUCAAAAACCAGAGGUCACGCUCUGGAGAAAAGCCUUAUGUGUGCAGGGAAUGUGGACGAGGCUUUACUUGGAAGUCAAACCUCAUCACACACCAGAGGACACACUCAGGGGAGAAACCGUAUGUGUGCAAUGAGUGUGGACGAGGCUUUACUUGGAAAUCAAACCUCUUCACACAUCAGAGAAUACACUCAGGGGUCAAGCCUUAUGUGUGCAAGGAAUGUGGGCAGAGCUUUAGCCUGAAGUCAAACCUCAUCACACACCAGAGGGCACACUCUGGGGAGAAGCCUUACAUUUGCAAGGAAUGUGGACAUGGCUUUCGCCAGCAUUCACACCUCGUCAGACAUAAGAGGACACAUUCAGGAGAGAAGCCUUAUGUUUGCAGGGAGUGUGAGCAAGGCUUUAGCCAGAAGUCACACCUCAUUAGACACUUAAGGACACACACAGGAGAGAAACCUUAUGUGUGCACAGAAUGUGGGCGUCACUUUAGCUGGAAAUCAAACCUCAAGACACACCAGAGGACGCACUCAGGGGUUAAACCUUAUGUGUGCCUGGAAUGUGGGCAGUGCUUUAGCCUGAAGUCAAACCUCAACAAACACCGGAGGUCACACACAGGGGAGAAGCCAUUUGUAUGCAGGGAGUGUGGGAGAGCCUUUACCCGGAAAUCAACCCUCAUCACACACCAGAGGACACACUCAGGGGAGAAGCCAUUUGUAUGCACAGAGUGUGGGCGAGGCUUUAAUGAUAAGUCAACCCUCAUCUCACACCAGAGGACACAUUCAGGGGAAAAGCCUUUCAUAUGCAGGGAGUGUGGUAGAAAGUUUAGCCAGAAGCCAAACCUGUUUAGGCACAAGAGGGCACACUCAGGGAAUAUACCCUUUGUGUGCAGGGAGUGUGGACAAGGUUUUUGUGAUAAGUUAACUCUCAUUACACACCAGAGGGCACACUCGGGGGGGAAGCCUCAUGUAUGCAGGGAGUGUGGGCAAGGCUUUAGCCGGCAGUCGCACCUUAUUAGACAUCAGAGGAUCCAUUCAGGAGAGAAGCCUUAUAUUUGUAGGGAGUGUGGGCGAGGCUUUAGUCGGAAAUCAAACCUCAUCAGACAUCAGAGGACACACUCAGGAUAGAAACCUUGUGUGGGCAAGUAGUGAAACCUUUAGCCAGUAGUCACACUGCAUGAGACACCAGAAGUCCCACCCAGGGCUGUAGCUUUAGUAAUAAGUCAGCCAUUGCCAGACACUAAAGUAGAGACAUCUUAUGUGUGAUGGGAAUGUUCACGAGACUAAUGGUAAAGGUCAACAUCUCCAAUCCACCUGAAGGAGAAUUGCUGGCCCAUUUUCAGGGGCUCUGGCUUUCCCUAGUGGGGAUGGUAGGUUAUGGAAGGUCUCUCAGGUAACUUGAUGGAGAGAGUACUUAUUAAGUAGGUUGAAAUUAGAAAAUUGAUACUAUUCCAAUAUCGUUUCCCAAGUAUACUUGAACACUCCUUCUAUAGUAACCUGGAUGUUACAAAAACAGCAAUUCUAGAGUCCAUCUCUUGAUGUCUGUCUUACCUUCUGAGAACAAGAGACAGAAACCAUGGCUGGUUUAAUCUUGGUUCCACAGAGCAUGACCCAGCAGAGUCAGCUUCAGGGAGAGUUUGGAAAAUGGUCAACUCAUGGGGACAGAGAUAGUGCUUGGGUAGAAGGUUUUAUUAUACAAAAGGCUGACAGGUAAGAAAGAUUGUAGGUAUCCUAGCUCUUAAGUUUGGGAAGAGGUGUCCAUUUUUGGAAAUAUCGUAUCUUUGCUUGCUUCCUGGGGCUGUCUCUGGUUUUCAUGUUGAAUCCAUACUGAAAAUGUUUUUAUUGACUAGUGUUUUUAGACUAGAAAUGUACUAUGUAGCAUUAUGAAGAAAAUAUGUACACAUACAGAAAUACAAAAUGAAAUUACUUUCUAUUCUUCUGUGAGUUACCAUACAGCAUCCCAUUAGCAAUUAUUUGGUUUAAAUUUUUCCAACCAUUGUAAAAUAUACUACUUUUUUGGUUGAGAAUACUCUUUUUGAAAAUGGCAGUGUCCCACAAAUUCAUUUAGAGUCGUGUCCCAAGGCCCAGUUUUUUUUUCAUGAAACUUGACUAAAUGACUGUGAAUUUUAUUUGGAAAAUAAGUUUUCUAAGAACAGGCAGGAAAAUACAGAAAUUGUAUAAUUUAUCUUUUUAUCUCUGUACAGGUAUUUAGAAUAAAUUUGAAAACAUAAAAGAACAAAGUAUAUGAGUAUUUAGAAAGUGGUGAUGUAGGAUUUAAAGUACAGUACUAAGUGGUUGGGUCAUUGGCUUUCACUUUAGGGAAAAAAUAAACAUAGGUGCCAAAGUCUCGAUAUCCAAAGGAGUUAGAGUUAGGGAAUCACUAUCUCAAACAAUAUGAGGUGUAAGAGUCAUAAUUUUUGUUCAAAAUCUAAGUUUGAGUGGAGUGAGCAGAACCUGGUGAAAAAUUAUGAAAUACUAUCUUAAAUGGAGCAGCUGGCAUGGCCUGCCCUUCUUAGCCCUCCCCAUGGUAAACCCUGGCCUCAUGCUCUUACAUUUUCUCAACAGAAAAAUACCUUUUGAGUUUUAAUCUCUUUAAGUCUUAGAACUUAAUUACUCUUUUCCAUAAAAUCAUGUCACAAAAAUAAAGAUUCCAAAGUUAAACAUGUACCUUUCACCAGUUUUUUAGCUUUUGGAAGGAAUAUUUCAGUUUUCAGUGUAAUUGCUUCAUAAAAAUAAAAGAUUUUGCCUUAAAUUGUUUAAAACUCUCAGCAGGUAAAGAGCACUGCUGGUAUAUGAAGAUUUAAAUAGAUUCAAAGAGAUUUAAACUCUGGGAAACAUUUCUAUGUAGCAGCAACCAAACAGAAAUAUCUGGAAAUGUUAUGAGAAAUAGGUAGAAAGAAGUCCCAUCCUUUGACCCUACCCAAGCCCACCUCUACUGAUUCUUAAACCCACAUCAGGCCUUCUGCUUAGAACCUCUCAGAAGAGACAGAAUUAGGACAGGUAACCUGAGUUGUCUUCCUGGGCCUAGCAUUAAAAUCUGUGUGCAAAUUAGGAAACUGAUUAGGAGGCAAACACCACGUGGUAUUCAGAUAUGUGAAUCCUCUCAGUCUUGGAGGUUUGUUUUUUGUUUUGUCUUUCAAUCUGUGUCUGGACUAUCCAUCCACUAGCGCCCCAUAUUUCAUAAUCUGAGGUGAUAGCUCUAGAUAUUUAAAACAGACAGAAAAUGUGCCCCAGAGCAACCA